AAAACCUGGAUAUUAAUGUAGUAAAGAGUCUAAAACCUGGACAUUAAGAGUCUAAAAUCUGGAUAUUAAUGUACUAAAGUCUGGAUAUUAAUGUACUUAAGUCUUAAAAACCUGGAUAUUAAUGUACUAAAGAGUCAAAAACCUGGAUAUUAAUGUAAUAAAGUCUUAAAAACCUGGAUAUUAAUGUAGUAAAGAGUCUAAAACCUGGAUAUUAAUGUAAUAAAGUCUUAAAAACCUGGAUAUUAAUGUACUAAAGAGUCUAAAACCUGGAUAUUAAUGUAGUAAACAGUCAAUAACCUGGAUAUUAAUGUAGUAAAGAGUCUAAAACCUGGAUAUUAAUGUAGCAAAGAGUCAAAAACCUGGAUAUUAAUGUAGUAAAGUGUUUUGUUUUUGGUAAUUCUUUGUCUGAACAGACUAAUUAUAUUGAUUAUAUUGACAUUUAUCCAGUGUAAUAAACUAAAGUGUAAAUGCUUUAUAGACACUUUAUAUCUGUUGGUCAAAGGUGUGUUGUCAUGGAGACCUUCUAAUCUUUGGGUGUAACCACACUGUAAAAAUACAUCCAAGUAAAAACAACUGAGAACAUCUCAAAUAAUCAUGAAAUAAUAUAAGUUUCUAAACCUCUGAGAUCAAAUAUCUGUGAAACAACAACAGGUAAAAUCUCUAAAGUCUCAGUAAAUGUUUCUAAAAUGUUGGAGUUUUAACGUUUUAAAGAACGUCAGCGUUUUACAGCGACGUGUUUUUACAACAUGUCAGCUGACUGGAUCGACUGAUGUGACUGGUUAAACUGUUUGAACUGGUUUCUAGACUGACCUCCUGAACGCUGCUGCUCAGACGAGAACAUGGCUCAGUCAGGAAUGAAUCUUUACUCACAGAGCAUCUCUUGUUCCAUCUGUCUGGACCUCCUGAAGGAUCCAGUGGCUCUCUCCUGUGGACACAGCUACUGUAUGAAGUGUAUUGAAACCCACUGGGAUGGAGAGGACCUGAAGACAACCUACAGCUGCCCUCAGUGCAGGAAGACCUUCACACAGAGGCCUGUCCUGGACAAGAACGUCCUGUUAGCAGAGUUAGUGGAGGAGCUGAAGAAGACUGGACUCCAAGCUGCUGCUGCUGAUCACUGCUAUGCUGGAGAUGAAGAUGUGUCCUGUGAUGUCUGCACUGGGAGGAAGAUGAAGGCUGUCAAGUCCUGUCUGGUCUGUCUGGUCUCCUACUGUGAGAAACACCUUCAACCUCACUAUGAGUCUCCAGCCUUUAAGAAACACCAGCUGGUGGAGCCCUCCAAGAACCUCCAGGAGAACAUCUGCUCUCGUCAUGAUGAGGUGAAGAAGAUGAUCCAUCCUACUGACCAUAAAGACCAGGGAGCAGCAGAAAGGAUGAGGAAGAAGCUGGAGGAGAGUCGACUGAACAUCCAGCAGAGAAUCCAGGACAGACAGAAAGACGUGAAGCUGCUUCAACAGGAGAUGAAGGACAUCAGAGUCUCUGCUGAUAAAACAGUGGAGGACAGUAAGAAGAUGUUCAGUGAGCUGAUCCAUCUCAUCCAGAACAGAAGCUCUGAGGUGGAGCAGCAGAUCAGAUCCCAGCAGGAGACCGAAGAGAGUCGAGUCAAAGAGCUUCAGGAGAAGCUGGAGCAGGAGAUCAGGGAUCUGGAGAGGAAAGACGCUGAGCUGAAGCAGAUUUCAGAUCUAGAAGAUCACACCCAGUUUCUCCACAAAUACCCCUCAGUGUCAGCACUCAGUGAGUCCAAACCUUCAUCCAGCAUCAACAUCCAACGUCCUCUGAGACACUUUGAGGACGUGACAGCAGCUGUGAAAGAGCUCAGAGGUAAACUAGAGGACGUUCUGAAGGACACCUGGACAAACAUCUCACCGUCAGAUGUUCUACCACCACAACCAGAACCACAACCAGCCCUAGAACCAGAACAAGAACCAACGACCAGAGCUGGAUUCUUAAAAUACUUCCAAGAAAUCACUCUGGAUCCAAACACAGCUCACACACAUCUGGUUCUAUCUGACAAGAACAGAAGAGUGACCUUAAAGGACUACCAGAACUUUCAUCCUGAUCAUCCAGACCGCUUCACCGACUGGUUCCAGGUCCUGAGCAGAGAGAGUCUGACUGGACGAUGCUACUGGGAGGUGGAGUGGAGAGGAGGAGGAGUUUACGUAGCCGUCACAUACAAGAACGUCAGAAGAACCAGGAGGUCUCGUGAAUGUGGGUUUGGACUCGAUGACAGGUCCUGGUCUUUGUACUGUGACGGCAGCAGGUACACCUUUUGGUACAAGAACACCAAAACUCCCGUCUCUGGUCGACCUUCCUCCAGAAUCGGAGUCUAUUUGGAUCACGGUGGCGGUAUUCUGUCCUUCUACAGCGUCUCUCAGAAGAUGAAGCUCCUCCACAGAGUCCAGACCACAUUCACUGAGCCGCUACAUGCUGGACUCUGGCUUUACAACUACGGAGACGCUGCAAAGUUCAUCGAUCUUCAAUAGACGGAAGCUGGUUAGAAUGUUUUAGUUUCCAGCUGAUUCAGUCUCCAUCACUGUAAGUCUGCAUCUAAAGAAUCUAAAACCUGGAUAUUACUGUACCAAAGUCUUAAAAACCUGGAUAUUACUGUACUAAAGUCUUAAAAAUGUGGAUAUUACUGUACUAAAGUCUUAAAAACCUGGAUAUUACUAUACUAAAGUCUUAAAAACCUGGAUAUUACUAUACUAAAGUCUUAAAAAUGUGGAUAUUAAGGAAUUAAAGUCUUUAAAACCUGGAUAUUAAUGUACUAAAGAGUCUAAAACCUGGAUAUUAAUGUAGUAAGAAGUCUAAAAUCUGGGUAUUAAUGUAUUAAAGUCUUAAAAACCUGGAUAUUACUGUACUAAAGUCUUAAAAAUGUGGAUAUUACUGUACUAAAGUCUUAAAAACCUGGAUAUUACUAUACUAAAGUCUUAAAAAUGUGGAUAUUAAGGAAUUAAAGUCUUUAAAACCUGGAUAUUAAUGUACUAAAGAGUCUAAAACCUGGAUAUUAAUGUAGUAAGAAGUCUAAAAUCUGGGUAUUAAUGUAUUAAAGUCUUAAAAACCUUGAUAUUACUGUACUAAUGUCAACCGUAAAAUAAAAAAAACAGACAAAAAACAUAAUGUCCUGAUCGAAAAUCUGAGUUUUUACAAAUACUAAUUUGUUCUUUUCCAAAAACUAAACAUUAGUUUCUAAAUUAGCAACAAAACCAACAACUUUAUUUUACAGAUAUUUGUUGUUAUUUGAAGGAAAAAAAUAGGAAUAUUUAGGAUCGAGAAAUAGUCAAGUUUCGACAAAUGUUGUAGUUUACAUAGAAAAAAGUCGACAAAACUGGAUUAAAAGUUUGUAUUUUUAAAGAAAUAAUUUGUUCUUUUACAACAUUAAAAAGUAAAAUUAAUUUUCACUAAAAUUUGUAUAUAUUUCCAGAUAUUUGCUGUUAUUUAAAAAGUAAAAUGUAAUUUAAGGCUUGAAAAAUAAUGUCAUCAGUUUAACAAAAAAUAAUUUGUCAAAAUUGCAAAAAAAAUUUAAAUUACAGGUAUUUCGUGAAAUUGCAGAAAAAACUAUCAAAAAAUAUAAAAAUUAUUAAAUAUGGGUUUUGCAAUGUGUUAUCAUAAAUUAUACUUUUUACUUGAAAUCCACUGAAAAUUACAAAAGUUUACAUGUAUUUGCUGUUAUAUGAAAGAAAAAAUAAGUAUAUUAAGGACUGAAAAAUUUAUAAUCAUUCAACUGUAAAUUUACAGAUUUUUUUGUUUUCCUGAAUUAGAAGGAAUAUUCAUUCAAAUCACAUAAAAAAAUUAAUUCACACGUUGUCCAAAAAAAACAUGCAAAAACUGUGAAUAAGAUGAUUUUAUUUUGAAGGAUUAUUCUGGUUCAUUUAUUAUUUCAUCAUCCUGAAUUUCCAAUAAUUUGUCUCUAUUACUACUCUGCUAAGAAAACAAAACAAAAACACAGAAAACUAAAAAAUCACUAUAAUUUUUGGAGCAUUUUACUGUCAUUUCACACAUUUGUCCUAUUUGGUUAAAUUCCAAAAAAUAAUCAUUAAAGUCUAGAAAAUAAGUACAGAUUUUCAUCAAAAGACAAAAACCAAAAAAAGAAUCAAAACAAACCACAAAUUUAAAUAAAAAAAAUAUGUAUUUUAAGAAAUAUAAUUUGUUGUUUUACAAAGAAUGUAUCACAAAUCUGAUUAUUAACAUGAAAUUGAUUUAACUGUGAAAAAACUUUAAAUUGAUGUACUUUAGUGUGAAAAAUCUCAUGUCUGAUGUCCUUAAAUACCUGGACAGAGUGAAAAAUAUACAAUAUACAAUACAAAAUUGUACAAUAUAAAUAAUUAUGUGUCUAUUAUUAUGGUUUUGUUGUCCAGUAGAAAAAUGUUAUUGAUUGCAGGUUAUCUGUCAUUUUUGUGAAUUAAAUAAUCACAGAAAUUAAA